UGUGAGGGGGAGGUGAAGCAGUUGAGAGCUCACUCUGCUAUUAACUGGCAUUAUUUAGUUGUCUCAGUCUGGAGAAGAGGCUAGUCGAGACUGCUCCUCAUCAGGAGGAAGUUGCUAUCGUCUGUGGUGGGUGGAGUGUGACAGUUUAUGGAGGGGCAUGCUAGGGGUGCAGCAGUGGGUCCGAGGCCUUGACUAGAAUAAAUUUCACCCGGUUGGAGCAACAAUGACUUCCCACGUAAAACUUCGGAAGGAGAAGGUCGGUGUUGUGGACUACGAUACACAAAUCAAAGAGGUGCGUUGCCAGCUUGUAGACCAACUAAAGGUGUUGGACUUGCAGCUCGAACAGAAAAGCCAACAGCUGCAAGAUCUGGCAGACUACCUGCGGCGGCGGGGUGAGAUUGAAAGCGAGUACUCCCGCUCACUGGAGAAACUUGCAGAAAAGUUCACCUCAAGGAUUAAGAGGAAGGAUCCCAGCAGUCACUCGGUGGCCCAGGUCUGGCUGGCUCUGCUGUCCCAAACCCGCCAGGAGAGCAGAGACCACAACGGCCUGAGUGAAAGUUGCAGCAACUUUCUCAUCCAGCCCCUUACACACUGUCUGGAGUACACGCAACGCCUUGCCAAGAAGAGUAAAGACAUCUGUACCCAGCUACAAGACGGACUGCUGAAGGUUACCACAGAGCUGCAAACUGCUUGGCGAACAUACUACCAGUACCACUCCGACUAUGUGGCCGCCGAGGGGAAGCUAAGGGAGGCAGAGAAACAGGAGGAAAAGCAAAAGCAGAGCGCUGCUAAGAAGCUUGAGAGGUUGAUAGAAAAAAGACAAGGUAAGGUUCAGGAGAUACACCUGAAGUGCAGCAAGGCCCGAAACGACUACCUCCUAAACCUGUCUGCUGCCAACUCCUCCAUGAAUAAGUACUACCUCCAAGACAUCUCUACUCUCAUAGAUUGUGCAGAUGUAGGAUACCACGUCUCUUUGGACCGGGUGAUGCAGGCCUACCUGUCCAGACGCUGGCGGGCCCAGCAGAACCUGAGCACCGGUCUGCAGCAGCUCCAGGGGGCCGUGUCCGGGCUGGACCAGAGCCAGGACAGGGACACCCUCCUGCAGGACCACUACAACACCUUCUCCAUGCCCCUUCGCUUCCCCUAUCAGCCCCAUGACGGGGACCAGGUUUCUGAGGUCAGUGCAGAGUGUGAGAUGAGAUGCGAGCUAGAGACCAGAUUCAGACAGAUACAAACCAGGCUGAAAGCCGUCACCCAGGAAACAGAGGAGGCUGGUAAGAACAUGUCAGCAGCUCAGGCCUCCCUGCUGGAGUGCAUCAGUGAUGAUGAUCUGGAGCUCAGCAGCGGCUCUGGUUCGUCUCACGACGGCAGCACUGAGAAUCUUACAGUGAAGCCCAGCGUGGCACGACGCAGGGCGGCCAACCUGCAGGAAAUAGAAAACUCCUACUUCACUAAAGUUAAAGAGUACCUUGUUGGCAGCUCCCUGGUGUCUAAACUUCAAGCCAAACAUGACCUGCUUAAAGUAGCUGUGGAAAAAGCUGAAGCAUCAAAUGGGCAUCAGCCAAGACUAACUGGAAAGUCUCUGCGUGUCAGAAGGAAUCCCUCAAGUGCCAAUUUGUUGCACAACCACAAACUUUUCAGUGGAGACAUGCUGUCCUUCAUACAGGCAUCAGGACAACAGAUUCCAAUUGUUGUGGAAAGCUGCAUUCGCUUUAUCAACCUCAAUGGUCUCCACCACGAGGGCAUAUUCAGAGUGCCGGGGCCUCAGAUGGAGGUCAAUAACCUGAGGGAUGCAUUCGAGCGAGGAGAAGACCCCCUGGCUGAGCGCUGGUAUGACCUGGACUCCGUGGCUGGAGUGUUGAAGCUCUACUUCAGAGGACUGGAGAAUCCACUCUUCCCCAUCGACAGCACCAGCCAGCUUCUAGAACACACUCAAAUAAAGAACGAGGCAGAGCGAGCAGCUCAACUCAAAUCAGUCAUCUCUUCCUACCCUGAGCCCGUCAUCAUCGUCAUGAGAUACCUCUUUGCAUUCCUUCAUCAUGUGUCUCAGUACAGUGACGAGAACAUGAUGCAGCCUUACAAUCUGGCCGUGUGUUUCGGCCCCAGCCUGGUGAGAGGGGCUCAGGAUGAGGAUGUUGUCACCCUGCAGCCUCAGAUCAACGCCCUGGUCAAGGGCAUCAUCCUCCAGCAUGAAAGCAUCUUCCCCAGUCAGAGCGAAGUGCAAGGACCGGUGUACGAGAAAUGCAUGACACUAGAACAGGAUGACUGUGAGCCUAUUAAUGAGGAAGGAGAUGUUGAAGCAGAGUGCACUCUUAGUAAAGAUGAUUUGGAAACGGGAUUCUUAGCUGACAACCGCGCAAAAGAUCGUCCUCGAGCUAACAGCAGCGGCUGCAUAGACCACAGCAGGUCAGCAGCUGGACCAGCAGGGGGAGGCGUCACUUCAGGUGGAAAGAUGAUGCUUCAGAUUCCCGUUGGGCCGCAGUGCAAGCCGCGGAGGAUGCACUCUCCUGGUUAUUCGCGCAGAGAAAGCCACCCACUCUCAUCUUCUGAGGAUAUAGCUGUUCAAGUAGACAAGGAGGUCUGUCGCCAGAUGGACACGGUCUUCAAGGAGCUUAUUUCGCGGCAAACACUGCAGGAUCCCUCCUCCAAUGUCUCCUCCUCCUCUGCCCAAGCUCCCCAAAAGAAAGGCAGGCGUGGUGAUGGACGCAGGGGGAAAGGAGCAGGUCUCUUCAAAGCAGCAGAAAGAGAUGAUGUUAAUGAAAACUGAAGUGUGGCUUGAAGGGCUCUGACUGCAGCUUUCAGCACAUCUAUUUCUAGAAAAGUCAGAUCACUGACCCAUAAUCCCUUCUCUGAGGUGCCUGCGUUCGGUUUAGGCUUCUCUCCACAGGGUGGCACCCGACUACAGAGCUUUUUCAUUCAUGUUUUGUACGGCAAAUCCCAUUCGUGACUGCAGACCUGCAGUUCAAUAUAGAAACUGAAUUACUUGAAAUGCACAGAUUUAUUUGGGUAAAGCUGCAUGCGGUUGUGCAGCUUUAUUUCUGCAUCGGUGUAGGUGUUACCAUUCAACUGUUUCUAGUUAAAGUCAGAUUUUAUCGGUGAUUUUUAGUCCACAUACACACCUCUACAUGUUCAAAUGUCUCUCAAAAAGAGAUGGCGUUACAAAGUUGAUAAAUGAAACUGUGAAUACUGUAGCUGUAAGGAAUUUGUAUAUAAUGAAAUAUUUCUAACUUGUUUCAAAAUUUUAUGGUUUGUGUGUAGAAUACAUAACAAAUAAAUAAUUGGUCUGUUCUCA